AUGACCACAAUGUUGGAACGAUCCAUGAGGACCAUCCUCACUGGCACAGGCCUGAGCUAUGACGAUUUGUGUAUGCAUCCCAACUCGAAUUUACCCGAGGGCCUCACAGUACCUCGUUUCGAGUUGUUCAAUGGGACGGGCAAUCCUAAAGAGCAUCUGCGGGCCUACUGUGACCAAUUAGUUGGUGUCCGAGAUAACCAAGCACUCAUCAUGAGGUUGUUCAGCCGAAGCUUAACCGGAGAAGCCUCAGAAUGGUUCAUGGCACAAGACACGAUGCAAGACAUACUACGUUGGGUAACAUGGGAAGACAUGGUUGCGGCUUUCAUGGAAAGAUUCUGUUUUAAUAUGAAGACAGUGUCGAAUAGAUACUAUUUGGAUAAAGUAAAACAAAAGUCCACCAAAAACUUCUGCGAAUAUGCAAGCAGGUGGAGAACAGAGGCUGCCCGAGUACAACCUCCUAUGGGCGAAGAAGAACUUGUGUCGGUUUUCAUCCGUUCACAGGAAAUAGAUUUCUAUGAAGGAAUGCUUUCAAUGGCAGGAAGACCUUUCUCUGAAUUGGUCAAAAUGGGAGAGGCCAUAGAAGAUGGUCUCAAGACCGGCCGAAUCAUAAGCAUUACCGGAAAAUCCACUGGUUCAAGCUCAAUCGGGUUCAUGCACAAAAAGAAGGAAGACGUGGAUAGCAUAUCCUACACUCCUAGUCCCAAACCCAAAAGAAGGGAAGGUUUCCCGAUGGAGGCCUACGCUUCACCUCCCCCAAAUACCUACAUACGCACCCCUUACAACACGGUGCCCGUAUAUUACGCGCAACAAACCUUCCAAUCACCUCCCCCAAAUUACCAAGCUCCACAGCCAAAUUAUAAAACUCCCCCACCCACUUACCGUACCCCACAAAAUAACCAACCCAAUACCUACCAGAAUCAACCACCACCAAAUUCUUAUAAUGUGCCACGUUCGAAUUUCGAAAAGAAACUCCCUCAGGUAUUCACUCCGCUGAUAGAAUCUCGGGCUAAUUUAUUCAAAAGAUUAAGCGCAGCUGGGAUGAUCCAGGCGCUUCCCCUAAAGGUUGUCGAUCCAAAGAACCUAUUUUACCAAGCUGACCAUACAUGUGCCUAUCAUUCCAAUGGCAUUGGACACAGUACUGAGGAUUGCAUUUACCUCAAGUACAAGAUACAUGACCUGAUUGAACGGAAGGAAAUUGUGCUCGAAACGGCCCUUCCAAAUGUGAACACUAACCCUUUGCUAAACCAUGGCAACAAUGUGAUUCACAUGAUUGAGAGAGAAGAAGAUAGGGUCGCAGAAAGGCCCACAACCCAUAAUUUUGUUGUGAAAGAGUUUGAAUACACUGUGGCGUCAUUAUCUUUGCUAGAAUGCCCGCAAUUCAAGGUAUUGGAUGAAGCUCAUGUUCCAGCUGGAGCAAGCAGCGAAAAUCUGGCCGAAAUGGUCGCUCAUGAUAUGAAGGAAUAUCAAAUCACCUUCACAGAGAAGGAGUUGCCCAAGGAAGGUACAAAUCACAACAAAGCGUUGCACAUCACUAUCAUGUGCCGCAACAAAGUGGUAACUUAA